CAUUGUUCAAAGCAGAGUGUUAUAUUUACAUCUUAAAACAUGAAGAAGAAGGGAUCUUUGACUUGUGAAGUUGACAUCUGCAGGAGUUGAUGUGAUGACGUCUUCGAUCAGGAGGAUUCAACCAAACUCUCUCAGUCACAACUGUGUCAAGCUCGACAGAAACACCCAGAGUAAACCCGGAAGUUGACUUGCAUAGAAAAUGAGUGUGUUAUAAAAACUGAAUCUAUCUCCAAACCAAAUAAGCAUUUACUUUCUUUACUUUAUAAGUAAAAGUAAUAUGUAGGGAAAGUACAUCUCCUUGCUUAUGACUGCAUAUACAUAAUAUUAUGCUGAUUUUGCACCAGAUAAACAAAAAAACAAAAGAUCCACCUGAUAAUCAAAGGAGGCUGGAAUUGACAUCAACUGGAAUUGGUUCUCAUUCAAGGGGCAUCUUCAAUUCUAGCUGACUGGUGGGGAGCCCCAGGUAUUUAACCUCUGUGGUCAAUUUGAACUAAAGAAGCCACUUAAAUGAGAGGCGAAACUUCUUCAAGUAUCUAAAACCAAGAAGUCCAAUUGCCCUCACUUCAACUCUCCUUGGAUAACUAUGACCUGGAUGACCUCAUCACAGACAUAUGUACCUAUGUCAACCACAUCCAACAGUGAUGCAGUUUUAAUACAUCAUCACUAUCACUAUUCCACUAGACAAUUUGUGCAUUACAAUAUCCUAAAAUGGAAAUGUAGGCGUUCCCAAACGCCACCAUGAUGUCGCCAAUUGAUUUGUGGACUCCAGUUCUGAACCACAAGUUUGCAUAUUGACCGUUGCCAUACUUUAUUUUUGGAGCCAGAAGUGACCAUAUUUGGGCAAGAGGGUGGAGUUGACCCUAAGACUAGCUGCUAGCUUUGGUAACACUUUGCGAUUAUGCUAAUUCUAAUUUUUGCCAGCGAAAAACAGACUGAAAACCAUUAAAACAAAUACUGAAUACCCGACUCCUUAGAGGGUGCAACCAAAAGAACAAGUUACAAUUAACUUUCAUUAACUGAAAACACACUUAAGUAGCAACAGCUACCGCUACGUCUAUAGUCUACUCUGAGAAUCUGAGGUAGGCUAAUGCCAUGGUCAUAUUACCUUACCUUACCAACAUUGCCAUUGUGGUAGUGACUCACCUGUGACAGCACCCACCUGUCACUCAAAGCGACCACGCCUUUAAUUAUGCAUAACUCUAAAUCUUAAUUAAAAUUUAGUUAGGCAUAAAAAUUCACCUCCCAUGAAAGGGGAAAUUAGCUAUAGAGACAUAAACCGUUUUUUUGUAUCAGACUUUUUUUUUCUGCUGUAGAACUGGGCAUUUUAACAUGAGGGUCUGUGGGGAUUGACUCGCUUUUGGAGCAAGUCUCAUCUCUCUAUUUCCCAGUUUGACUUCAUUUUUAGUCAAACUGAUGUUUGAUGAUGACAGAGGUUACUGUUUGGUUUUAAUGUGUCGACAUAAAGUUUCCACUCCGGAAGUUUAGAGAGUUUUGGAUGACGGCAGAUUAAAGGGUUUUAUUUUGGAAGUUGUGCCGGAAGUUGUAUAUAUUUCCGGCUACUUGACAGUCCUUAAACGCAGGGCGAGGACUGCUCCGCUUUACUUUCCUCUAGUCUGUGACCACUUUCUUUGUUGUUAUUGUGAAAAGUCAUUAAGUAUGGUGACACUACUAGUUUUAAAGUUUAUUUUCCAAUAAGUGUGCACUAACUUGCUGAGGAACCCAACGUUAGCCUGAAUGCAUUCAAACGGCUAACUAACGCUAACCUCUCCAGACUGAACUAACGAUGAGAGUGGACUCGGAUUUUAUUUGUGUUUUACAUUUUAUCGGAAUGGAAAUGAGGGGCGAACAUGAGUUUUGCUCCUCGUUUUAAACUAUGAGAGGUUGUUUACAAAAGGAGACAAGGGGGAAAUGACACUCUGCUAGGACAAGACAACGUGAAAAAGACCUGAAGGAAGAAUUCCAACCACAAAUCUUGUGGUGCUUCUGUUUUUACUGAUUUCUGGAUUAAUUGAUUACAAGUUUUUGUUUUUGUUUCCUAAAAACCUACUUUGUGUGAAACUCCCCGAUGCAUUCACCUAUGGAGAACUGAGGGUGAGCUGACACUUGCCCCCUCUCGACAUGCUGGCUCUGAGGCCGGAGCAGGGCAGGCGAGGGGGUAGCGAGGUGGAUCGCCUGCAGAAAGGGGCCACCGUGGCGUGGCAGGGCCGCCAGCCAGGGAGACCCCCUUCUCACGAGCAGGGCAUUAGCAUCAGGGAUAAGAUCUCCCAGUGGGAAGGUCGCAGUCAGCAGGGAAGCAGCCCGGAUGCUGGGAUGAAAGCGCACCCUCCAGUUGUAUCCAGAACUCUUUCUGGAGAUGUCUUGGGUAACGGAUUUUCCAACGAGGGCUCGAGAGGGGGGAUUCACGGCAAAGCCAGCCUCACAAAAACGAAGAGUUUAGAUUUUCGGGAAUGCCCGGAAGAAACCGGACAUCGCGCGGUUGGUAGAAAGUCAGAACCCUUGCAGAAAUGCUCCACUGAAUUUUCAACCAAAACCCCAGGAAAUAAACCACUCGCAGCACAGAUAUUCCCGUCUCCCAGAGUGGAGGCUAACACUGCUAGCUCUACAAGUAAACAAAUCUUAGCUGUCAAUGGCCACCAAAACCUGGGUCGCAUCUUGGACAUCGAAGUAGUUUCUAAACCUCUACCUCUGUCAACUGACGAUCAAGAAGACAACAUGCCCCCCGGGAACUUUUACACCUCUCGGGGUUUCUGGCGGAAGCUCGAGGGGGACAGACUGCUCUGGGAGAAAGGCAAGGAGUCUUCAGGUGACGCUCAGGCUCCUCCCAAACCUCAGCGGACAUUCCAGUACCGGGGAGCCAACAACAACAUGGGGCACGCACCACGAUGGGACAGCAGAUCCCCUCAUAACAACCUCUCCGCUGUGAGGAGUAGGAGGGUAGCCCACCCACCGAGCUUCCCACCUCCUCCAUGUCCGGUUGCAAAGACAGAGGGGCUUUCAAGACAUAAACAGAACAGGAAGUCCUUUGAGUACGAGGAUGCGGCGCGUCUGACGGCGAAGCCAGCCACGCUCGGAGGCGAGGGCAGGCACUCGAGCCUCUACCAUGCCUACUCUGACGACAAUAUUUAUGAGGACAUCGUCUGUGAAGUGACCAGAGAUAACCCCUAUGAGGAUGUUAAGCUGUCUCCUAUGUGUCUCCCAAUUGCAAGGCCUCACGUCCCCAAGCUUCCUCCGAAACCCCAGAAUCUACAGGGGUCCGCUGGCAAACUGGAGAAGAAGGGGCUCCAUGCAUCCAAAGCCUCAACCCUCGCAGAUACUCCUAAACCAGCUACGCCCCGACGCACAAGCACUCAAAAAACACUGAGGACGCCUCAGUACGUCAACAAGAUUGAGACAAUCUUUGACGACAAGAGAGGGAAGAAGAGAGUGAAGAACCAGGGAUUCUCAGUGCGAGAGGAGACCAGCGGGACAGAGAGCGACCCCGAGGACAACACCAAAGCAGGCUCCAAGAGAUCAGUUUAUAUCCAGUCUACACUGAAACGUCGGCCAGGCUACCGCACCUUGGAGAGAGACCUAAUCCAGCUGCAGCAGCAGCAGCUUUUCCAGAUCUUCGUGGUGGUGUCGCUGAGAAAAGGCUCCGCUGGAAACACCUACUCCCCUGAAAUCACACAACAGUUCCCCAAAAUGUUUGAAAAGUCGUCCCGGCUCUCCAGAGAGGCUGAGGAUCAGCUGAAGGUCAUUCCCAAGUUCUGCUUCCCUGACUCACAGGACUGGAAGCCCUCUGCACACAUGCCAAGUGAGACCUUCUCCUUCGUCCUGACCGGAGAAGACGGCAGCCGCUGGUUUUGUUACUGUCGUAAGAUCCUGCCCAAUGGAAAAGGGAAGAGGCUUCCAGAGGUCCACUGUAUCGUCAGCAAGUUGGGCUGUUUCAACCUGUUUGCAAAGAUUUUGGAGGAGGUGGAGAGGCGUCGAGAGAUUUCUCCAGCGCUGGUUUACCCCUUCAUGCGCAGCGUGAUGGAGGCCCCAUUCCCAGCUCCUGGACGCACAGUCACCGUUAAGAGCUUUCUCCCUGGCUCUGGGAACGAGGUACUGACUUUGUGUCGGCCGGUGGACUCCAGAUUAGAGCACGUGGACUUUGACAGCCUGCUGCAGUAUCUCAGCGUCGGAAAACUCCUGCAGGUGUUCGCCUCCCUUCUCCUCGAGAGGAGGGUCAUCUUCAUCGCUGACAAACUGAGUGUGCUGUCUCGGUGUAGCCAUGCAGUGCUGGCGCUGCUUUACCCGUUCACCUGGCAACACACCUUCGUGCCUGUGCUGCCAGCCAGCAUGCUGGACAUCAGCUGCUCCCCCACCCCAUUCCUCAUCGGGGUGCUGGCACCCUGCCUGCCACAGCUGCUGGAUCUGCCCAUCGAGGAGGUCCUCAUAGUGAAUCUGUGUGAAGACAAGUUUGUCAUUCAGCUAGGUGAUGAAGACUGCAUCCUGCCCAGUAAACUGCAGGCAGCGCUGCAGCAGAUCUUGGAGGAGAGGGAAGAUAUCCUGAGGCAGGAGGAUGGAGACAGACCUGGAGGCCAGCCUGCUGUCCUGAGCUCUCUGUUGUCUGAGGCUUUCGUGCGGUUCUUCGUGGAGUUGGUGGGCCAUUAUCCUUUCCACAUGGUCGAAUCCUCCAGCGGAAGCAGGGAGCUUCAGCGCGACAGCUUCCGCAAAUCUCACCCAUCCCGCGGAGUCCGCCAGUUCCUUCAGCUCUUCAUGGACACUCAGAUGUUUGCCGGCUUCAUUCAGGACAAAGAGCUGCGCAAGGGAGGAGCGAGAGGUCUCUUUGAAGUCCGAGUGGCCGAGUAUCUGGAUUCGUACCCUGAGCCGGAGCCAAGCGGAGUGAACAAGUUUCUUAAAGGACUGGGAAACAAGAUGAAGCUUCUACAAAUGAAGUGAAAGAAAGAGCAACAUCCUGGCUUUUAAAUUAAGUGACUUUGUAAUUAAAAACGUGUUGCUGCUGGACCGUUUGGAGAAAUGAAUGAGGAUGAGAGAGUCUUGUGUCUUGAUGUGGAUUGGAUGGUUAAGAGUUUGGAUAUCAGUGUCAUCUUUAUAGUUGUGCAUGCAUGUCUGAGAGCAGUGAACUUAUCCUUGAAUUAAAACUGGAAACACUAUAUAUGUCUUUUCUGGCAAACUACAAAACAAAGCAUUCCAGCUAUUUAACCUCAGUUUUCAACCUGAACUAUAAUUGUGACUUUUUUUUUUAUUUUAUGGAAACAUUUCGCUGGAAUUUGGAUUAUUCUCCUGCACAAUGUCCAUUUGACAGUAAAUGCAACUUUAAUGUUACGUUUCAAUCUUAACUGAAAAAAAAUGGGUAUGGUUCCAACCUGAUGCAUGCUUUUAUACAUUAUGUAAAGUAUAUUAUUCAUGUUGCAUUCCUUUUAGCACAAAGUGUAAAAAACAAAAAUGUUUACUCUGUUCGCAUUUCAGAUUAAGUGGAGGUUUAUUAACUCAUCAGAACAUUUCAGUGUUAAGACUCCGAGUUAAACCUCAAUUAUAAUGUGUAUCGAUAUAUUUUGAGUCUUUUUUUCCCCUCAACUUUCUCCCUGUUAACUGGAGUUGUAAAUACUUUUUUUUUUUUUUUUUUUUACAUUUUGCACAAUGUUGAGAAACAGUGUACAGUAUUUAGAAUAUUUUUGUAUUAAAGCAUGGCCUGUCCAACAUACUUUUUAAAUAAAUGAGCUCCCAAGGACAAAAUAUAAUGUGUGUUUGACCUGUUUAUUAUUCCCAGAAAACUUGGAUGCAACCCUACAUUAAUAAAAGUCAUUCGUGAUCUGCUUUAAAUUGAGGAUAUAUCUGAGUAACUAUCACACAGUAUAUUGUUUUCAUGGUUUCACAAUAUCAAUAUGUCUAAAAGGGUCUGGAGCAAAUAAUUGUAGUCAUUUUUUCUGUAUUGAAAAUCCAUUAAGGCACACUGACUGAAUGGGAAUUAUGGCACCUUCUCUAUAUCUUAUUGUCAAGGUGUAUUUUUAGCCUUUUUAUAGAAAGAGAAACCUGGCUUGGUGUCUUGUUUAGCCAACAAGCUCUAAAAAGGCAAAUAAUUGCAACAAAAGACAUGUAAAAAUGCAAGCAUGCUCUUAUGUUCAUGAGACAAUACAGUUUUAAUUGUUAGAGUUAUGCUACUGUUGUAAUAUUCUCAGGGAAAUGAUAAACACAUUUCACUAUUAUAAGCAAGUGUUCAUCUUUGUUUUUGUAUGAGUCUGGCCAGAAAAAGUCAAACACAGUAGAAAUCACCUG